AUGGGUGCCGCCGAUGAAGAAUACGAUUACUUGUUCAAGUUGGUUUUGAUCGGUGAUUCUGGUGUUGGCAAGUCCAAUCUGUUGUCUAGAUUCACCAGAAACGAGUUUAACUUGGAAUCCAAAUCUACUAUUGGUGUUGAAUUUGCGACUAGAAGUGUUCGGAUUCUUGAUAAACUUGUUAAGGCUCAGAUUUGGGAUACUGCUGGACAAGAAAGAUAUCGUGCAAUCACAAGUGCUUACUACCGUGGAGCCGUUGGUGCAUUGCUUGUCUACGAUUCAACAAGGCACGUGACAUUUGAAAACGUGGAGAGAUGGUUGAAGGAGCUUCGAGAUCACACUGAUGCCUACGUUGUAAUCAUGCUUGUAGGAAACAAAACAGAUCUUCGACACCUGUGUGCCGUGUCCACAGAAGAAGCCACCGCAUUUGCUGAGAAGGAAAACAUAUAUUUCAUGGAAACUUCUGCACUCGAGUCGGUGAAUGUGGACAGUGCGUUUGUGGAAGUGCUCACUCAGAUAUACAACGUUGUGAGUAAGCGAGCUCUUGAGAAAGAGAAUGGCUCUGCGUCAGUGCCUAAGGGAGAGACUAUCAAUAUUGGUAAAGAUGAUGUCUCAGAGGUUAAGAAGAGUACAUGCUGCAGUACAGCAUAG